AUUUCUGUGUGCAAUGAGCACUGCCCCCCUGGUCAUCAGAAGAAAAGGAAGGAAGGUGAAAAAUUUUGCUGCUAUGAUUGUGCUGCAUGUCCAGAAGGCAAGAUUUCAGACCAGAAUGAUAUGGAUGACUGUUUCAGAUGCCCAGAAGAUCAAUAUCCAAACAAGAUGAGAAGCCAAUGCAUCUCCAAAACUAUGAGCUUUCUUUCCUAUGAAGAACCUUUUGGGAUUAGCUUAGCUUCUGUUGCUUUUUCUUUUUCCCUUCUCACAACCCUGGUGUUUGGCACUUUUGUGAAGCACAAAGAUACCCCCAUAGUCAAAGCCAACAACCGAGCCCUCACCUACACUCUCCUGGUCUCUCUUCUGCUCUGCUUCCUCUCUUCUUUGCUGUUCCUUGGAAAACCUGGGAAAAUGACCUGUCUUCUUAGACAACCUACUUUUGGCAUGAUCUUCUCUGUGGCUGUUUCUUGCAUGCUGGCCAAAACGAUCACUGUAGUUGUAGCUUUCAUGGCCACCAAGCCAGGGUCCAGCAUGAGGAAGUGGGUAGGGAAAAGACUGGCCUACUCUGUUGUAGUUUCCUGUUCUUUUAUUCAAUCUAUUGUUUGUGCUUUGUGGUUGAUGACAUCUCCCCCAUUCCCUGAUGUAGAUAUGCACGCUGUAACCACAGAAAUCAUUGUGCAAUGUAAUGAAGGGUCAGUGACCCUGUUUUAUUGUGUCCUGGGGUACAUGGGCCUCCUGGCCAUUGCCAGUUUCAUUGUGGCAUUUCUUGCUCGCAGAUUACCUGACAGUUUUAAUGAAGCCAAAUUCAUUACCUUCAGCAUGUUGCUGUUUUGCAGUGUUUGGCUUUCUUUUCUUCCAACCUAUCUGAGCACCAAAGGGAAAUACAUGGUAGUGGUGGAGAUCAUCUCCAUCUUAGCCUCCAGUGCUGGGUUAUUGGGCUGCAUCUUUGCUCCAAAAUGCUACAUCAUUAUCUUGAGGCCUGAGUUGAACAACAGAGAGCAACUAAUAAAGAGAAAGAAUUAA